AAAACUUGUUUACAAUGUUAAAAUAAAUUAGGCGCCCUACAGAUGUAAAAUGUGUGGUAAAUUAUGUUCUUGAGUCCUUUAUACAGGGUUUUUAGGCCUAAUAGCAACUCCUGGGUUCAAUUUCGGGGUGUCAGACCUUCAAUAAGGAUAGGAAGAGAGAAGUUCGAGCUAACCCUGAACGUGAAACAGUUCAAGAAGGAAGAACUAAGGGUAAAAGCAAGGCCAGAGUAUGUCAUUAUCGAAGGGAAGCAAGAAAAGAAGUCGAAGAAAGGAUACGUGAUAAGACAGUUCGUCCGCAAAUUCAAGCUCCCUUACGGUUGCACUCCGGAAACGAUGAAAAUCCACCUAUCCCCUGACGGUAUCCUCACAGUCACAGCUCCAAGACAGACUUGCGACAAAAACUUGCCCUGUGAGACCGUCAUCCCCAUAUCAGCAGCUGAGCCGAAGGUCAAAACGGAAACCUUGGAGGCUGUGCAGCACAUCGUCGAGAAAACGGCUGAGAAACCGAAGGAUGAAAAGAAAUAAUUUUGAUAGUCUGUAAAACGGUGAUAAAUAUUGUAUUGUGAUGAUUUGUAGUUUCUGUGACUAACUAAACUACA